CAUAAUAUAACACGAACUUCCGCUUUGCAGCUAGCUAGCUAAAUUGUUCACUAGAACGGAUACAACCUUUGUCAGGUUUGACUUUUCGUAGCAGGUUAGGAUAAUUAACGUAUCAGUUAGGAUAAUUGUUAAGGUUAUGAAAAUAUUUGGGGUUAUAGUUUGCUGAAAUGCAAAACAGUAUAAACUUUUGACGUUAAUUUGACAAUCUGUAUCCCUUCAAGCCAUGACCGCUAGCUAACACAAGGGCAAAAUGACAUGUUGUGCUCUCCCGUGGGUUGCGCUGCAUUAGUUCAGAAAAAGCUGACAUUUGAAUGGAUGUUCUUAAUGUAUGGCUAGGUCGUGGUAUGCGUAGUUAGCAUAUGCUGCGUGCAGUCGCUGGUUUGAUAACCACCAGCAAGCCAAGGUUACUUUAUAUAUAUAUAUAUAUAUAUAUUAACCUUAAGUCAUUUAAUAACAAAUUCAUAUAUUUAAUGACGGCCUGGGUUAACUGCCUUGUUCAGGGGCAGAACGACAGAUUUUUACCUUGUCAGCUCUGGGAUUCGUUCUUGCAACCUUUCCUUGGUAAUGGUGGCUACCUACCGCCCCACAAUUAGCAAGCUAACAUCAAAAUGAAUGGGACAUUUCAUGGAAACCAUCUUGCCAUCCAUCUUACUGCGGUUUGAACUGCCUAUUGAGUCCUGGAACAGAGCCAUGGCUUUAAAGGUGUUCCAGAGGCUUCAACUGCUCAGGCAGACAGGGGCACACCUCUGUCCUCCAGGCGAGCUGAGUCACACCAGACUCCUGAGUGUUCCGAUAGGGGAGCCCAUGUGUGUGGCGUGUCUAUGGACCUCAGCGGACCGCUGUAUCCAGAGGCAAGGCUGUCGGAAACUCAGUCAGCCAAACUGUGGGAGGAUGAGUUUGUCCACCAUUACCAAGGACCCUUUCUACACCGCUGGGUCAGUCAGCCUCCACAAAGACUCAGUCCCCAGGUUCCGUCUGAGUCAGCUGCACCUGCCCACUGAUGCAGAGGAGAAGGCCUUCCAUGACCGCCUGGUUAGCUGCUCUUCCUCCAGGCAGGUGCUGAGACUCCUCCGCACGGUGGAGAUUAUGUCUGACACCAUGGCAGCGGCAGCCCUGCACCGCGUGGCUGACAUAGAGCAGGAUGGCACCUCCCUGAAGGACCCCAAAGUGCUGGAAGAGGACACUCUCAGGGCCCUGUGCUGCCAGCUGGAGCAGGACUCUGGGCGUCUGACGGAGGCCGGGCUGGUUUCUUCCCUGCUGGCCUGCACACGCCUCUAUGUGGACCCCUGGAGCACGCUGGUGGUUCGGCUGGUGUCGGAGAGCCAGGAGCGGCUGGACAGGGGCCAGAUGAGCGUGGGCCAGCUGUGCACCCUGGGCCAGGCCCUGCAGGCCCUGGAAGGCCCGGGCUGUGGGAUGCUGGAGCAGCUGAUGGUGCAGGUACAGAGGCAGGAACCUGGUGAGUGGAGUCUGGUAGAACUCACUGCAGUAUACAGACUGCUGCAGGCUGGAGUAGGGGAGGAGGGCCGCUACCAGGACCUCCUAAACGCGAUGCACACCUACACUGUGUCAGUCACCUCACGUAUGGACCCCCCUGCUGUCAGCAGCGUGCUCAGUGCUUUGGUGGUCCUGAACCAGACCCAGGCCAUGCCCCUGGUCAUUAGCCUGUGUAAGCAGGCGGUCAGGCACAUACCCCACUUCAGAGACGAGGAGCUGGGUCUAGUGCUCGGGGCGCUCAUGCACUUCGGCCAUAGCGACCACUUCUUGGUGGAGGCCAUGGAGAGACACGUGCCCAAGAUGACGUUCACGUCCCACCCAGAGACAGUGACCAAGGUGAUGCAGUAUUUUGGGCGUCGGAACAUCCUGUCGCUGCCGGUGUUUGAUGCGGUGGCAGAGAGCUUUGUGUACCGGGCAGACGAAUACAGCACCAGCCAAGUGGCCAGGCAGAUCAUGCCUUUCGGGAAGCUGGGCUACCUGCCGCCCAACGCUGGGGAGGUGUUCCGGAAGGUGGAGGCCAUCCUGCACGCACGCUUCUCUCACUUCCAGCCCCGGACACUCCUCAACCUGCUGCACUCCUGCAUCCUGGUAGAGCGGUUCCCUGUCAACUUUGUGUCCAAGGUCUUCAACCGCUACUUCCUCCAGCAACUACAAGAGCAAGGCUCAGGGGUUGACCGGAUUGUUCUGGCACAACUGACCCAACUCUACAUGACUGUGAAGCUUGAAUGCCCUUUCUAUGAGGGUCCAAGGCUCCUUCCUAAGUACCGUGUCAAGUCUUUCCUAACUCCUGGUCGGUCUCUGGAGACGCCGGUUGACGGACACCUCUACAACUAUGUGAAAACUGGCCUGGUGGAUCUACUAGGGGCCCGCACCUACUUCGCUUCCAGAGUCCUCACUCCAUACUGCUACACGCUAGAUGUGGAAAUAAAGCUUGAUGAGGAAGGAUAUGUAUUGCCUGCCAGUCAAAUCGAUGAUAUCUACAAGAGGAUAGCAGUUUGCAUUGACGGCCACAAGAGGUUCACUGUGAACACAAGACAGCUGCUAGGGAAAGAGGCCAUCAAGCAGCGGCACCUGAGGCUUCUGGGAUACGAAGUUGUUCAGAUUCCUUACUAUGAAUUUGAAAAGCUUUGGAACAAGACUGAGGUUGUUGAAUACCUUCACAAGAAGAUCUUCCCCCUCAGCUAUAGGCUCAGUUGGUGAUGACUGGCUCAAACAAGGCCUUUGUUGCUGUGGUUGUCAUAAAACUAUACAGUUUGGGCAA